AUGCGAAGUGGGAGCAUAGGCGCAUCAGCGCGGGCGGGGGCACUCCUCGACUUUACGCUCUACUGCAACGUGUUUGCAUUGCAGGUGUGGGAAACGAAUGAUGCCGGGCUUGUUUCGCCACUUGCUCUUGCUCGUGACUACUUCCAGCUUGCUAUGAACGAGUUCAGCGUGCUCUACAACGUUGCAUUUCCAGACCUCGACGCACCGGACACCGACGCCGACUUGGCCUCAAUGUCUGUAUCGGAUGCGAACACGGAUUCAGUCCCCGACGGGCUACGGGCAGCACUCUUGCUCACUGUAGGUAAUCGCGCAUGCGUGGAGCUGCGUGCUGGUGGGGAAGGCGUUAAGAAAGCAGAGCGACUUUUCCUCUUUAGCAGAGGGCUGGAGGAGCAGACGAGCGACGCGCCGAGUCGCCAACGGACGUGGGGGAUUGUCCGAGAACUCAAUGCAGGUGUCGCUGCAGUGACGCGCUGCGACUUUCUUCAAGGGGAAGAGGCUGCCCGGAAAGCCCUCGCACUCAUGGAAACUCCCGUGGAAGGUGAAUCCGCUGAUACAGUCUCCCAUGCAUCGGUUGAUGAGACCGGGUGCGUCGAGCACACAUCCCUGCUCCUAGCUCUGGCCUACUACACACUAGGCGUUUCCACAGAGACCACUUCGUGCGAGUCGUCUCUCUUAGACUAUGAUCAAGCAAUCGCACUAGUCUCCGAGGACGAUACGGGCUCAUCUGUCGCGGCCUUGAUGAGUCAAACCAGAAGCCGACUCGCAGUGUAUAUAGAGGAGCAGCGAGCCAAGGCGCGGCUCUCGGCGGAAGAAGCGGCACGCGCAGCGAACACUGAGAAGAAAGGCCGCGGCAUCUCGCGACCCAAAGCUGGGAAGGCGAUGUCUUCUCGCCGGAUACCGCAGAAGGCUGGAAAUACUCGCUUCUCGCAGUCGGAAGCGGGACUACUCCCCAUUGCGACUCCGUCAAUCCCAGAUGUUCUCCGUAGCUAUCUUGAGAAGGAGGGGCUAACUACAGCAUUGGUACGCGUUGGCUCCCUAAAAGGCCUCUAUGAGGUGUUGGCCAGAUCUCUUCCCGGAUACAAGGGUCACAAGGCGCUUCCGCAGUCCCUCUUCGCCGGAACCCGCUUUGAAGCUGGUGCCCACGAGUCGCUCUUCGCCGUCCUCUUCUGCACCGCCACGCCUUUGCAGUGGACGUUACGGCUGCUUGAAGCAGCGGAGCACCCUGCCUCUUUCCAUCACUCCGUAUGGACACCGCGCCCGGUGCUAGCCUCGCUGGUCAUGGCGAUGGCCGCGCAACGCCCACCUGCGCCGCGAAGCUCGGCAGCCCUCCAAGUACGUAAAGAAAUUGCCGAAGGCAGCGGAAAGCUGCGCCAGCAAGUCAUCCAACUAUUUGCCCCGCCGGCUGCUGCUGCGACUGUGAAGCAAAAGGCCCAUGAGUCGGUAGACAGUGUUGUGGAGCUGCUUGAACAGCGCUUGGGUCUCCUCCUCAAAACGGAGCGCGUCUUCGAGGAGCACUGGAUCGCGACGGAGCGCAUUGGAUCUGCGUUGCGCGCCUUUGCCGUUCUGCAAGACAUCCUGCGUCUAAAGCAGAAACUGCUCACGCAGAAGCGCCUGCAGGAGGGGCGGCAGGAGCGGAGUGUGCGUAUCAUCGUGCACUUUUUUCGACAUAUCGUCAAGCGGCAAUCCCUCCACGAGGAGCAAAUGCUCAUGAAUCGACGUCGCUUUGAGGAGAGGGUGGAGGCCGCGGUCACCUUGCAGAAGUACAUACGACGCUGGUGUGCCUACCAGGAAUUGGUGCGACGCCAUGCACGGCGCCAGGAGUACGUCGAGAAGAUUGUCUUGCUGCAGAGUCUUGCACGACGGAGAGCUGCAGCGCGUGUUCACGCGGAUUUGCGCGAGCUGAGGCGCAAAGAGGAGCUCAUCGAAGCGCAGGUCAUGCUCUUCGCGUGCGCAGCACUUCAAAUCCAGCGAAUGUAUCGUGGGCACUGUGCUCGGCUGCGCUGCUACCAUCUUCGCGGACAGGUGCAUGCUGCCACGCUGCAUCACAUGCGCGACUCGCACAACUACUACGCCACCGUCAUUCAGAAGCGCGUGCGUGGGAUGCUAGUGCGACUUCAGUACGGACGAGCCGUGUAUGCGAGCCGCUGCUACGGCCGAAACAUGUACAAGACGCAGCUUUGGGUGCGCAGCUGCCUGGUGAUUCAACGCGUCUAUCGCGCAUACCGCUUGCGCCGCAGGCCCGUAGCCCAUCCUGCUGCUCCGCAGAUUUACUCUGGCCCACAGGCGAGCGGGCCCAGUGCUGCAUCGUUGAGACGCCUUGUGUGUGCGCACACUGAUGGUGUAGUCACAGCAGAUAAAGAGCAGGCAGCUGCAGCGCAGAGCAUCCAGCAGUUGUAUCGCUCUUGUGUCGCGAAGCGCCGACUGGAGGCUCUCAAGUACGCUCGAAUGAAGGAGCUGGAGGCGAGGGAGGCACAGCCGCCAUGGGGCGCGCGACCAACCUUCUUGCUGAAAGACUGCGUCUUUUGA